AUGUCCAUGUUUGAAGGAUUGUUAAUUAAGUCCUCUGAGCGAAGUGCCAAGGGAAAAUGUAUAAAUACGAAUAAGGCAAGUGAAACACAAGAGACAAAAUUUGCACAGAGAGGAGACACUAGAGGUCAUAUUAAAAAUGAUCGUACAAAAGAUGGCCGAGUAAAUAGGGGGAAAAGAAACGACACUUAUUUAGACUUGAAGGAUUUAUCCUCCAGUUAUUGCAGUAUAACUGAGAGUGGUGAAAAAAAUGAAAACUGCUUCAAUGCAGAACACUUUGAAAAAUUAGUUUUGCAGGGAAACAAAAGUGAUGAGAUGAUUAUAGCAAGUCCAAGAAGCUUUCAGAAAUUCCCAAAUGGAAGCAAAAGUGCUAGCAGUACCCUCUUGAGUAAUUUUCCACCAUGUGAAAACUUCGAAGAACACAGAAAUAAUAAUCACUCUGAGAAUGAAUUAAGGCAGAAGAAUGGUUGUAGCUUCUCCAUCAUGAAAAGUAAUGAUGCUCUUAGUUUUUAUUCAAGUUCACCAUGCGAAGAAUUCAUGGAAGGUCCAAAAAUGUGUAUAGGAAAAGGAAGUAAUACGGUGAUUUCCCCAAAGGAACGGGAAUUCUGUAUUGAUAAUUCGCCAAUGGAGAUGGAAAUAGAAUUAAAACAUAUAACAACUCUUAUUCAACAUUUGUUUUUGAGUAAUACAAAUGAAUGGGAUAAGAGACAAUUGAAAGAAUUCUUGGACGAACUGCUUCAAAAUAAAAUAAAUUCAAAUGUGUUAACCAUUUCCUACUUUUUUAUAUAUCAUGCAUAUAUAAAUAAAAUGCUUUUAAACGUAAAAGUGGAGUAUAACUGUGAUUUAUUGUUAUACAAAUUUUUACAAAAGGUUCAUCAGAUAAGGAAAAAAAGAAAAAAAUAUAAAGAGGAAGAAAAAUUUUUAAUCAUAAAUGAAAAUCUAGAUACAGCAGAUGUAAUACAAAAUAAAAUAUUAAGCUACAACAUGGAACUAAUUCAAAUGGAAAAUUAUAUUACUGACUUAUUCCAAAAAAAAAAAUAUAUUAAUUUUCAUAAAAUCUUUUUAAAAAAUUAUGUUAAAAAUGUGUUAAAUGUAAUUAUUCGAAACAUAUAUUUACAUAAAAAAGAAGAAAAAGAAAAAAAAAAAAAAAAAAUUUAUAAAAAAAAAAGUGAAUUGGUCGAUUGGGAAAAGAAAAUUACACAAAAGGAAGUAGACAUAAAUACAGAAGAAGAAGAUAUAAAAUUACAAAGUCAAAAUGUGCAAGAAGCCAAAGAACAAUUAAACAAAUCUGUCCUUUCCAUAUCAUUAACAUACAAAAAGGAGAUACAGAAAAUCGAUGAAAAAAUUCAUUCCAUUGAUGAAAAUAUAAAAAAAUUAGAAGAACAAAUAGAGAAAAAAAAAAUAGAAAAGACAAACGCAUUGACAGUUAGAGAUAACUUAGAGAAGGAAAGAGAAAAACAAAUGGGGACCCUUCUACAGGAGCAGUCCAACAUAAACACAUCCAUGAAUUUUUUAAAAAACACCUCCUCCCUAUUGGAAGAGAAAAAGAAAUUUAUUUCUGAAGAAAAGGAAAAAAACAAAAAAGCCUCAGCAGAUUUGAAGGAAGAAUAUCAAAGCACCUAUCAAAAUAGGAUCCAAACCGAUCGCUUACUUUGGAGUCUCAAAAAAAUUAUGAACAAUUUUAAUGAUAAUUGUGAAUCUUUCUGUGCGGUUAAUUCAAAUGAGGAAAGGCAGAUAGUAAAUCAAAACAAAUCAUCAAAUGAAGAUAAUAACAUCGACUCACCGUGUGGUCAGGAUAAUCAUUCAAAGGAUAUUGCAACAGAAAAAGAGACCCCUAAUGGAAAGAACAAUUUGGAUACUUUCAAUUCAUUAAAAAAAAUGUUUAUCUUAAAAAAAAACAUUUUACAGUUGGAAAACAACAUGAACAGUUUAAAAGAAAAGAAAAAAAAACUCAUGAUUGACAUUAGUCAGUUUAAUUGUGAAAUAGACAAUGUAAAUAUAAAAAAGGAAAAUUUAAAAAAUAAAAAAAAAAUUCUACUUAAAAAUAAAAUGUUAAAUGAAAUUAAAAAUACAAUUAAUGAAUUUGAUGAGUUAGUCAAAACGGAAGGUGUCAUUUUGAAACAGUUAGAAGAUGCAAAAAAUGAUAUGACUGUUUUAAAAAAAUAUCACCUUCGAUUGAAGAAGGAAAGGGAAAAGUUAAAAAGUAAAUUAUAUAUUCAAGAAAUGAACUUACUCAAUUGUGAAAUACACCACAUUGAGCAUUAUGCAAAUGCUGAUGCAAACGUUUUCCACCAUCAGGAAAAUAUCCACGAGGGGGAAAGAUUAAUUUUGGAAGAUUCUUGUGUGGGCAAAGAUCUACCGUUCACUGGUGAAAAGGGACAUGCAGAAGUUGUUAAGACAGACCAUUUAUCUGAACUGAACCCAACUGAACCAUACAAUCAAGAGGAGAAUGAUUUUUUAUUUUCAGAGGAAUCAGAGCAGACAGAAGAGGAAGGAUUAAAUGUGUCCCUUACCCAAAUGAUACAUCAUUUAGACUUGUUAACCAAUGAGGAAGAACAGGAGGGGGUACAAAAUUUUUCAAAUGAUGAUGAAUCUGGAAGCAUCAAAAAUGAUAACAGAGGAAUUUCGCAAUGUAGAUCAGCAAGUGAUAGUGUCGAAAGGGAAAAUGUCAAAAGUGAUAGUGUCGAAAGGGAAAAUGUCAAAAGUGAUAGUGUCGAAAGUGAUAGUGUCAAAAGUGAUAAUGACGAAAGCAAUAGAGAUGAAACGAAUCGAACGGAGAUAUCCCCCCACCCUUGUGACGAAGAAGAACAUAACACUGCGAACGAUAUUAAUGAUAAGGAUGUAGAGGAUGCUGAGAGGUGCGUUCAAGAGGUUGUUAAAGAGGAUGACAUCGAUAAUGAUAUCGACGUUGAUGCUGAUGCUGAUGCAGAACUAACUGAUGUGCAAGACAACUGCAAUAACAGCCCCCCACGCAUGCGUGAACAUUACGUGGACCCGCUUAACCGUUUGAAAAAACUAAAAUUGGAGGAGAUUAAUACCUUCGAAAAGAUACUAGAGAGAUAUAAAAACAUUUGCAAUUUAAAUGAAAACAUAGAUCAUCGUGCAUUGGAACAUGACAUUAGACAGUUCCAUAUGGAAGUAGCAAAAGAGGAGAAUAUUUUGAAAAUAAAAAAAUUGCUUAUUUUGAAGAAAAGAAAAAAAUCCUUAAAAAGGUACUACCACUAUAUAUCAGACAAUAGUGAAGAGGAUGAACUGAACGUAUAA